AUGAAGGUGCCGAUGGCUUGGCAGGAAGACGACGAGAAAUGGUCUUGGGGUUACGCGACUGAUUUAAAGCCAAUUGUAAAUGUUAAUACAAAGUUGCAUAAUAGACUACAAAGAAAUCCAUGUGAUCCGGUAAAAUUACCUGACUUCAGAAUGCCGGGCCGCAGGAUUAGUCACACGAAAUGUUUGGAGUACAUAUGGGAUAUAAAAGAUAGAGAAGAUAAGGUCAUAAGAGACGAAGAAUGUAAAAAAUAUCGUCAGUCUCUAAACAAUAACACUGAAGAUAACCAGGUGUUUCAUACAGCUGGUGUCGGUGGACGGGACACUCUGCCAGGGGAAUUUCCACACAUGGGUGCCAUCGGUUGGACAUCAGCUUUAGGUUCAUGGAUAUUCAAAUGCGGUGGAUCUCUCAUCAGCACUAAGUUUGUGCUGACGGCAGGACACUGCUCCAAAGCUUCAGACAGGGAUACUACAAUCGCUGAUGUUGAUCCUAAGAUUGUAAGGUUCGCAGACAAAAACAUACUGGAUAUUGAUGACAACGGAUACAAUAAAGCUCAUUUAGACGUAAACAUCUUAAGAGUAAUAAAUCAUCCUAACUACAAACCUCCGAAGAAAUACAAUGAUAUAGCCCUCAUAGAGUUACAGAGAGAAGUGUCAUUCACUUCUUACGUACAACCGGCGUGCCUUUACACCGGUUCUGAUAAGGAACUGUACGCGCCGUCCACACCACCCACUAGCCCGCUUACCCCGUCCACACCUCCCGCUAGCCCGCUUACCCCGUCUAUUUCUCCCGCUAUCCCGCUCACCACGUCCACACCUCGCACUAGUCCAUUUACGCCGUCCACACCUCCCGCUAGCCCACUUACCACGUCCACACCUCCCACUAGCCCGCAUACCUCGUCUACAUCUCCCGCUUAUCCGCUAUCAGCUUCACCCUAG